AUGGGCUCUGAGGCAACCUGGGACGAGUCAUUCCAGAAAGACACCGUGGCCCCAAUGGUUGUGCCGCCGUCCGAAUCCGACGACCUCUUCGAGUUCUGGAAGAACACCGUCAGUUCGGUCUGCCACAUGAUGGUGACAGUCAAGAUGGGCAGACCCGGUGACGCGGACGCGGCAGUGGGCAGCCGAUUCCGCGUGUUCGGCAUCGAGAAUCUGCUCGUGGCGGACAUGAGCGUUGUGCCAGUUCUCCUGAGCACCCACUUGCAGGUUCCCGCGUAUAUGAUCGGUAUGACCUGCGCGGAGGUGUUGAUCGAGGAAUAUGAUCUAAACAGUGCGAAGCGCCUUCUCCACUAUGCCGGAGAGCAGUUCGGAGUGUAG